GCACGCACAAAGCAGCUGGGCGAAGCUUUAGAGAGGGCUUUUCGGUGGUGGUGGUUGUUUUUUUUUUUUUUUUAAUAUUCCGAGCCGAGCCGGAGAGAAAGGGGACCGGCGGUAAAGGGUGACUCGGUUUAUGCCGAGGCAGCCGGAAAAGAGAGACGCAGCCCCUGACUGCGAAGCAUUUCGGCUGAAGAUGUACAGGAUAUUAGCCGUAGCGCUUUGGUGUUUUCUGCAAGCAGAGGGCAGGCAUCCAGAGACCACCCUUCGUAGCAGCAGCAGUAGCAGCAGUAGCAGCAACAAUGGCAAUUUUUUGGACAAUGACAAAUGGCUGAGCACCGUUUCUCAAUAUGACAAAGAUAAAUACUGGAACAAAUUCAGAGAUGAUGAUUAUUUCAGAAACUGGAAUCCAAACAAGCCUUUUGAUCAAGCCCUUGACCCAUCUAAAGACCCAUGUUUGAAGGUAAAGUGCAGCCCUCACAAAGUGUGUGUCACUCAUGACUACAAGACAGCCACUUGUGUAAGCCGCAAACAGUUGGUACACAGCCUUCGGCAAAAGAAAGGAAAUCUACCCCAGAGGCAUUGGGCUGGAUCAUCAAAUUUAGUAAAAUGCAAGCCAUGCCCUCUGACGCAUGCCAGCUCUGUUUGUGGUUCCGAUGGACACACUUACACCACCAAGUGCAAGUUGGAAUUUCAUGCCUGCACAUCCGGCAAAAACAUUGUAGCUCGAUGUGAAGGGCCUUGCCCAUGCCUUCCAGGACAAGAGAGUCCAAAACACAAGACUGAGAAAACUGCUUGCACAGACAAGGAACUGAGAAAUCUUGCAUCCCGUCUAAAAGACUGGUUUGGCAGCCUUCAUGAAGAUGCAAAUCGUGUCAUCAAGCCAACAAGCUCAGAUUCAGCACAAGGCAGAUUCGAUACUAGUAUAUUACCUAUCUGUAAGGAUUCACUGGGCUGGAUGUUCAACAAACUGGAUAUGAACUAUGACCUUCUCCUUGAUCACUCUGAGAUCAAUGCUAUUUACCUUGAUAAGUAUGAGCCAUGCAUUAAGCCUCUCUUCAACUCCUGUGAUUCCUUCAAAGAUGGAAAGCUUUCCAACAAUGAGUGGUGUUACUGUUUUCAGAAGCCUGGAGGCCUCCCGUGCCAGAAUGAGAUGAACAGAAUUCAAAAGAUGGGCAAAGGGAAGAACUUGAUGGGUGCCUUCAUCCCCCGCUGCAAUGAAGAAGGCUAUUACAAAGCAACUCAGUGUCAUGGAAGUACUGGCCAGUGCUGGUGUGUGGAUAAGUAUGGAAAUGAGAUUGCUGGCUCUAGGAAGCAAGGGACAGUAAGCUGUGAAGAAGAGCAAGAAACCUCAGGAGAUUUUGGUAGUGGUGGAUCUGUGCUCUUGUUGGAUGACCUGGAAGAAGCACACGAAGCAGCAAAAAAGGACAAACAGAAGAUACAUGUAAGAGCAACUAAUGAGGACGAUGAAGACGAAGAUGACGAUAAGGAUGAUGAAAUUGGGUAUAUAUGGUAGUUCCCAUAACUCUGAGGACUCAUGUUUUGCACAAUGUCACAAAUCAUUUUGUAUCUCCGCAGAGAUAAUGGAAACAUCAGGCAUCACACACAAAGUUUAGUCAAUACCUGUACGGGCCUCCCAGUAUGCAUACUGAUCUCCUUCCCAAUUGGGCUUUCCUUUCACUUUACUGGUAGCCUCACCUCCACAGGCACACUGGAGAUCAGCAUGCAUCGCUGAAUCUGUCACUAACGUGAACUGGGAAGACCUUUUGUAUGUGGUGUACCUUGUACAAAGGGGGUAACUUUAUACACACAUGUGCAUUUGGGUUCCUGCAGCCAUCAUGCCGCUAGUAAGGACAACUCUCUCGCCACUUGAUUUAAUUUUGUAUGCUUUGUAUUAAUUUGGAAGACCGCUUUCACUCUCAAAUUCUUCUUCUCUUCAGCAUAACUAUACUCAUUGAUUGUUCUCAUUUGUUUUUCAUUUUUUUCCAUAAUUAACCCAUUCACGCAGCAUAUCAUUUUGAAUGAAACAGAGACCACGGAAGGGUGGAGUGGGAGAUAGUCCAUACUAAACGUCUUUCAUGCUAUAGCUUCUGAGGCUUUCAUACAGCGGGUCCUUUUUCAUUGUGACAUUUGCUGUCAGCUACCCACUCUGCUUUCUUUUCAGCAGCUAAGGCAGGCGAUCUUUUUGUCUUGCUAUGCAGAACCUGUUAGAAAAGAUCAAAUUGCUUUAGCAUUCUGGCUUGGCCAAAUUAUUUCAUUUUAUCUCCUUCUCACUUUGCCUGAUGUUGUUUAGCAAAAGGAGAGCCGAAUGCCAAUAGUACUCGGUUAAAGUUCUCCCUACUGACUAUGAGUGUAGAGAACAAGAUCUCAGUUGACCUUUCAGCCCAUUAAUCAAUUUCAGUUCAGUUUAAGUUAAUGAAAAUGAUGUUGACUUUAAAAAUAAAUUGUUGAUUUGCAUGCUUACACACAAUGCUCACUUUUCGACUUCUAACAAAGAGGAACCUUCUUUUCAAUGCAUAGGAGGAAGUCAUGCUUCGCAAAGCCAUUUCUUUGCUUCUUGUUAGACUUUUUGCAGACUUGCAAGUCUCGAAUUUGUUUUAAUCAAGUUUGUGCUAAUGCUAUGCAAGCUUCUCUCUGCUUCUGGAAUAGCAUACCAUUGGAUUGCUGAAAAUGCUUUUUUUUUCCAUUUAGUCUAAUGAUUCCUCAUAGGGAAGCACUGAAACUGUCAGAGGCACUAACCAUCAAAAGUAAUAAGCUGUCUUUCCUUUAUUUAAAAUUGUUAGUAUUUAUUUGCUCCAGUUUAGAAGAAAAACAUCCUUAGGCAGUUGUUUCCAUGGUUAAUAUCACUCCUAGUUAACAUCACAAGAGAAACUUAUACUCAUGAACCAGAAGAGUGUGGAAUAGAAUUAUCCCAUAAACGGUCCUGAAUUAUUCUAUCUCCAUAGCAGCAUCUUAUUGUGCUCAAUUGCCAUUCAUUGUGGGAAAAUAAAUGUGCUACUGCAGACAUUAUAACAAGUAUCUUUUUUUUUCUUAUUAAAUGCAAGAAAAUCAACUGUUACAUAAGUCUUUUAAAUUUUGCAAAAUUUAAAAGGGCCAUCUCUACUUUAGUCUGUUUUGAUCCUCAGUCUUAACACUAAAGACAAAUACAAAAAUAUUUGUAUUCGAAUGCAAAUUAAAAAAAGAAAGAAAAGUGUAUAUUAAAGAUGCUACUUCUUUGGUAUAAAUUUCUAAUACUUUUUCUAAAUAACUAUAAAAUGGCAUCUACCCAUAGAUCAUUGCUUAUUCUAUUAGAACUUGGCUUAUUUAUGCCUUUUAUUUCUGGUGCGAUGUAGUCCAAGUUUAUUUUAAACAAAAGUUAUACAAAAAAAAGGCCUGAAAAUGAAUCUUUCAAAAUAAUACCAAACGUGAGAGCUUAAUACUGCAGUUUUCAUCUUGUUUAACUCCUUCUAGAGAGAGCAAUCCAAAUUAAUUGGUCGGCGGAAAAGGUGCUUCCCAGACACAACGUUUUCUGAAUUUUUUCCCCACAAAGAUUUCUAAUAUCUUAAUACACAGUUUGGCUUUGAUAUUUGAUUCCUAAAGUUAUUUGAUAUUUGACUCCCCGGGAAUCAAAUUUCUAUCUAUCAUCUACUGCGGAGCCCCAAUAAAGAAAUUCAUAUAGUAACUUUGAUUUCUUUCUUUUUUAAAAAAAAAAAAAGCAACACUUUAUCUAUAGCAACCCAAACUGUGAUGUGUGUUGUUACAUUUAAUAUGACAUACAAUGAAGCCAUUGGGCUGUGCCCUAAUUGCCAUUUGGCCUCUACUUAUAGCCACUCAUGUACACUGGAGGUUUGUCCAGAUCUCCCUAGCAAAGGAAUAUAAACUGUUACCUGAUUUUCUUACCAAGCCCAAACCCUCUUUCAAAAAAAAAAAAAACAGAAGAAGCCAUGAAACUGAUUUUGUUCAGAAGAGCUGCAACAGAAACGAGUAGCAGCUGAUGGUAAAAGUUAUGCUGCUGGCUACAUCCAGCAACUGGUACUGGGUCAAACCUUGGAGCUUUGCAAAGCUGUUACAUGUUGAUAUCACCUUCUCACUCCAAGUGCUAUAACAUAUCACACUUGUAAGGUACUUUAGAAAACCAAACCGUGGGAUGUUUUUCCCAGACUCCUGCUUAAAGUUCUGUAAAAUUAAUGAGGUUUGCUCCCAAAGACAAGUGAUGUUAAGUGCAAUGUACAAUAUGAAUUGCACUGGCUACAGUCUUUAGAUUUGGCUGCAGAGCUAUUAAAGAAAAGUCGAAAGCCAGUUGGAAGCUGUAAUAUAAUGCCUACUUUUCAUUCUACUGAUUAAAGGUGAGGUUUCUGCUUAAUAAAGCUCCUAGAAAUCAUCUUCCCUUUAGUUGCAAUGAAAUGCUGUCUGUCGCACUCUGGAAAGUAAUUUACAUUUAGCUUCAUUUUCAACACAAACAGUAACAUGGGAGAAGCUUUUUUGAGGGGGUUUGCAUAUGUGUAUGUGCAUGUUUGUUUGGUGUCCCCCUGUUGCUGAAUAUUGAAUCAGUGAUUUCUCCUACUUCACUAGCACCCACCUCUGCAACUCACAGGAAAUUCUAUUUAAAUCCGACAAUAAAAUUCCCACUGAUUACUUUUAUAAAUAAAACAGCCCUAAUCCGAAAGUUGUGGGGGGGGAAUCCAAAUUGGGAGAUUUGUUGGGUUUAAAUGUAAUAUUAACAGUACAUUUUGUCUGAUUAUAGACUUGUACAAAAACAGAGUUUGUUUAUCUUCUUGUUUCUUCAAAAUCUGUAAUCCAUCUGUUGAUCCCACAGUCUUAUGGUAAUACAGUUUUUGUUUGUAUGUGGUAACCGCUGUGCAUUCAAAGUUGCCAACACAUGGUGGUGUACAAUUUGUUGAAGAGGUGUUUGAAAUGUUUUCCCUGAAAUAUAAUAUCCUACACUAAACCAUGGCAAAAGAUGUGAACAUUAUAAAGGAGAAAGUCAUUUCAUGUAUGCUGAGUAGAAAUGAAAUGUAACUGAUAACCUCCUUAGUUUUAAGAACACAUAUAAAAUAAACUGUUAAGGAUUUGCCUUGGUCCAUCUUCAUUUUGUCUGUACCUACAAACUAUAAUCAUUGUCCUGUUUGUGAUUUCCUCUCAUCUGAUUUCCUGUUUGUCUAGAGCAGGGGCUGUCCAACCUUGGGAACCUCAAGACUGUUGGACUUCAAGUCUCAUGGAAUGGCUGGCUGAGGAAUUCCGGGAGUUGAAGUUCACGAAUCUUAAAGUUGCCGAGGUUGGACACCCCUGGUUUGAGAAAACAUUUUAAGCCUGGAAAGGGGGUAAGAUUUCAAGGAUGUGUUAUAAACCACCAUGGAUUUAUGUAAGUUCAAGUGGGAAACUUGCAGGGACAACUACAGCUAUGAUUAUAUCAAUAUAUCAAGAGCAUGUAAAAGAAAGCCUUGGUACCAAGCCUUGGUAGCCCCAUGAAAGCAGAGCCAAAGAAACAGAAUAGAACUGUGCCUUUGGAGGAACUGAAAAGUGGCAGCGUAAUUUCCCAGUCAUUGUCAUGAGAAAUACUUUGCUUCAUUAGAAAACAGUAAACAUAAGCUUUGGGGAAAGGGCAAAACUACACAGGAUAAUCUAAGCAAGCCUUAUAACCUAUUAUUCCUCUGCAAAACUGUGCAAAACUAGAACACGUCCAAACACAAAGCCAUGGCAGCAUCUCUGAGUUUCCUAUCAAGCCAGAGAAUGCAGCAAUUCAUUUCUCAUUAAACUGCUGAGGGAAAAAAUAAUAAUAAAGUAACUACUAUUUUGUCUUACCAAGCCAACAAUAGGCCUCCUAUCCUAGCUUCUCUCUAAAAAAAAAAAAUACUUUAUAGCUUUUCAUGGAUUGAACUGCUACUGGACAAAAGAUAAUAAUGGUGUUUGGCUAUGUGUAUAACCAAAACACAGAUUGGGUUAUUUUGUAUUACAUUAUAUUCAAUUUUGAUACAGUGAUAUGAACCAGCAGCUGGUUCAAAGAGAUUAUAAUCAACAGCAAUCUGUGUUGAAGACCAAGCCAUAUUGUGGACUUGUCUCUAAACAUGCAGCUUCCAUUCCAUUGUUUUAUGAAUCAUCUUUUUAGAAGAUCUAUACUGUCCCUUUUAAUAUUCCCAUUGUUUCUCAUCCAUGCUAAACCUGUUGUUGAUACUAUCAGUUUUUCCUGCAAUUAGCUAUUGGAGUUUCCACUGCUAUUUCAUAUAUCCUAUCCCACUCACCUCAGUUACAA